UGAAGAGGUCAAAGAGAAGAAAGCGAAGACGGUUAGUAUUUUUGAGGAUGCCACUUUCCACCUGCAUAAAUGGCACUCAAACGCCUCUGAACUCGAGGAUACCGACCAGAGCGCCAAUGAAGGCAACGUGGGCAACCCGGAAACUACCUUCGCGAAACAGCAGCUGGGCACAAAGGGGACUGAGACAAAGAUCCUCGGUAUGGGUUGGAACAAAGCUCAAGACCGUUUAAGUGUUGUAGUAAACAAAGAACGAGACGCAGCAUCUACGAAAAGGGAGGCCCUGUCGCAGGUUGCAAGUGUGUACGACCCACUCGGCCUGGUUUCCCCAACUACCCUAGUAGCAAAACUACUGUACCGUGAAAUGUGUGAAGAGCAACUUGCCUGGGAUGAAGAACUUAACGGUUCUUUGAAGAGACGGUGGAAAGAGUGGUACGAAAACCUGCCAGGCCAGUACACGGUCCCUCGAACUUUAGCCCCUCACAGAGAGCCAGUACAGUCAAUCACCCUUCACGGAUUCGGGGAUGCCAGUAAGAACGGAGUUUCUGCGGUCGUCUACGCAGUCGCAGAGCAAGAGAGCGGAACAACCCAAGGUAUCGUGUGUGCAAAGUCCAGACUUGCGAAGAAGAGCCUCACGAUUCCCCGUUUAGAGCUUGUCGCUGGUCAUAUGACCGCAAACUUAGUGACGAACGUCGAGCGAGCGAUCGGAAUGGAGAAGGUGACCGAGAUACACUGUUGGUUGGACUCGACAGUCGCGUUAUAUUGGAUCAAUGGACAAGGCGAGUACCGGCAAUUCGUAUCCAACCGAGUGAAAAAGGUCAAAGAACUCGACCGGAUCAGAUGGCAUCACGUCCCAACGAACGAGAAUCCCGCUGACCUAGGGAGCCGCGGAGGAGAUGUGGUGGGAAACGAGUUAUGGAAGCACGGUCCUACGUGGCUUAACAACCAGGAGACGUGGCCACCGGAAGUUGUGCCUGUGGCGAGUUCGGAUUCGAAGCAAGAGGAAAAACCGUCGACGCGAGUUUUGGUCACGAUGAAUCAAACGGCACACGAGGACGUGUUUGACCAACUACUAGAGCGGUAUACGUUGCGGAAAACCCUUCGAAUUUGUGCUUGGAUUAACCGCUUCAUUCAACACACCCAAAGGAAAGCGAAGUCCCUGGGACCGAUAAAGACGCAGGAGAUCGAAGACGCACGGUUGUGGUGGAUUAAACGAGUUCAAGAUGGAGCUAGGGACGCACCGGAAUUCGAGAGUACGAAAAUCGAGCUAAACCUCCAACCUAACCAGAACGGAAUUCUAGAGUGUCGCGGGCGAAUCGAAGGCGAGUAUCCGGUAUACUUGCCUGCAAAUUCGCAGUUUUCAAAGAAACUAGUCGAACAAGCGCACAUCAUCACUCUUCACGGGGGAGUACCGGCGACCAUGGCUGAAGUUCGUGAGCGAUACUGGAUACCUAGACUACGUCGCCUUGUGAAGCAGGUACGAAGCAAAUGUCAUGGAUGUGUGCGAUUCCGCGCUCGUGCGUAUCACAGACCACCGCCUGGACGACUACCAGUUACGCGAACGCAAGGAGAAACCCCAUUCCAAGUGAUAGGAGUCGACUUCGCUGGACCAAUCAAAUACAAAACAGCAGGAAAAGCGGAAAAGAAAGCGUAUCUGGUACUUUACGCGUGCAGCCUCACAAGAGCAGUUCAUUUGGAGCUGUUGAAAUCAUUGGAGGUUGUCCAAUUUCUGCCUAGCCUAAAAAGAUUGAUCGCUCGAAGGGGGAGACCACAAAUCAUAUACUCAGAUAAUGCCACUACGUUCAAGGCUGCGGCAAACUGGCUGAAAAAGGCAAUUGGAAAUGAGAUCAUAAACGGUUUCCUUACGGACAAGGAGAUCCAUUGGAGGUUUAACCUGAGUCGCGCACCCUGGUGGGGUGGACAGUUCGAGCGGUUGAUCGGGCUCUUUAAACGAUGUUUUUAUAAAAGUAUCGGGAACGGUAAUCUAACCUUUGAAGAAUUAUCAGACGUGAUCCUAGACAUAGAAGUUGUAAUGAACAAUCGACCGUUAACAUACGUUGAAGACGACGUAGAACAAACUGUUCUCACCCCCGCAAGAAUGUUGCAGAUAAAUCCAGUUAUCUUACCUGAAGUGGAAUCUUAUCACGUUGAGGACCACAGCCUUCGGAAGAGAGCGAAGUUUCUUCGUAGAUGCAAGGAUUUGUUGUGGAGACGGUGGUAUAGAGAAUACGUUCGUGGGCUAAGAGAUCGACACCGACAAGAUAAUGGGAAAAACGCAGAUCAUCCCAACCGUGGUGAUGCUGUUAUCAUCGAAGGAGAGGAGAAGAACAGAAAUUUAUGGAAGAUGGGCGUAGUCGAAGAGCUGAUUCGAGGGCGUGAUGACGUAGUACGGGGAGCAAAGAUCAGGACGCCAAAUGGAAUUCUUGAACGUGCAAUACAGCAACUCUACCCGAUAGAACUUUCCUGUGACUUACCACCUCCAACCACGUUAAACCCAGACACCCCUCCCUUCCAACCCCGACCGAAACGUGAUGCAGCAGCAGCGGCAGCAAUCCGCUUACGGGAUCAAGCAGAAGAAGAUGAACGGUGACACUUAUCCAUAUUAGGACACUAAUAUUAGAUUGCAUUUAAGCUUGAAUCAGUAGCACUAGCUCAGACCCUUUGUAGACAUAUAUCACAGCACUAAGAUAUAUGGGGGGAGUGUGUCGGGACUGAGCGACAACGGGGCGCACGAAAUAAUAGGUGAUGACACGCACUGCACAGAAAUGGGAAGCAAUAUGGGUAAAAUAAGGGAUCUGCACAAAAUUGAGUCAGUUGGUGAUAGAGGGUCAUAGUGUGCGAAACGGUCUGUGACUCGAGAGACGCGAUAUUAAUUCGACAUAGCUGCAACGU